AUGGGUCAACAGAUUGCAAUCAAGCUCGCCCAGCAAGGCUGCACUAAGAUCCUCUGCGUCGAUUUGAACGAGGCAGGUCUCCAAGAGACCAAGGAAUUGGUCGAGAAGGUAUCAAGUGCUACAGAGGUUGCGCUGUACCUCGCAGAUGCCUCGGAUAGCAAAUCUGUCAAAGGAAUGGUCGAUGAGUGCGUGAGCAGGUUCGGUCGACUGGACUUUGCAGCCAACAAUGCAGGGAUUGGGUUGGGAGGGACGAGAACCCACGAAACCGAUGUCGCCCUCUACGAGAAGCUAUACAGGGUCAACGAGAAAGGGGUAUACCUCUGCACCAAGUACGAGGUGCAGCAGAUGCUGAAACAACAACCCCUCGACUGGUCACAGGGAGACGAGCGCAAACAACGUGUAUUUCGAGGUUCGAUCGUCAAUACCUGUUCCCUCUCUGGUACCGCGUCUGUGCCAACAUUGUCGUGCUACAACAGCGUCAAGCACGCCGUGGUAUCCAUGACCAAGGUAGAUGCACGGCAAUAUGCGCCUCAGGGCAUUCGCAUCAACGCUGUCUCUCCAGGAUUCACCCUGACCCCGAUGCUGAUGGGUGGCGGGGCAGGGCUGAGCGAAGACUUCUACGACGGAUCCAGAGCACAGAGCCCUAUGAACCGGCUGACCUUUCCCGAGGAGGUUGCAGAAACAGUUUGCUUCUUGUCUGGGUUUCGGGCCUCGGGAAUCACAGGCGUGAACCUCCAUGUAGAUGCUGGAGCUUCAUUAUUCCAUGUGAUAUAG